CAAUUGGAGAAAGAAUUCACAAAAGGAGAGAUGGAGUUCCAGACAGAGUUGAAGACGAUUGGGAAGAUGUAUCACCGGAACCUAGUCCGGCUCCUAGGUUACUGCUUUGAUGGAGACAACAAACUGUUGGUGUUUGAGUACAUGAGCAACGGAUCCCUGGCGGACAUACUUUUCAAUCAAGAGAAUCGUCUGAGCUGGGAGGAAAGGAUUGAGAUAGCUCGAGAUAUAUCGAGGGGGAUAUUGUAUCUGCACCAUGAGUGUGAGACGCAGAUCAUUCACUGCGAUAUAAAGCCUCAGAACAUACUCAUGGACAACAAAUGGUGUGCUAAGAUAUCGGACUUUGGGCUGGCGAAGCUCCUAAAGCAAGAUCAGACUAAUACGUAUACUGAGAUAAGAGGGACUAAGGGCUAUGUAGCACCAGAGUGGUACCAAAAGCAGGCUAUCACGGUGAAAGCAGAUGUUUAUAGCUUCGGAGUGAUGCUCCUGGAGAUCAUAUGCUGUAGGAAGUGCGUUGAUUGGAGCAUGAGCGAGGAAGAGGCGAUUCUUGAGGAAUGGGUUUACGACUGUUAUGUAACGGGUAAAAUUGGGAAUCUGGUGGGGGAUGAGAUGGUGGAGGAGAGGAAAAUGGAGAGGAUGGUGAAGAUAGGGAUAUGGUGUGUGCAAUAUGAUCCGUCGCUGCGUCCAACUAUGAAGAAAGUUCUGCUAAUGUUGGAGGGAACUGUCGAGAUUCCGAUACCUCCAUGUCCGAGUUCUUUCUUAAGUUCUAUCUAG